AUGUUCAUUAAUACUUAUCUAUCUAUCUAUCUAUCUAUCUAUCUAUCUAUCUAUCUAUCUAACAAUGUUCAUUCAUAUCUAUUUUCAUAUCUAUAUCUAUCUAUGUCUGUCUUUUCAUCUCAAUCCAUUGUGUGUAAUGUUCUGAGUCUAUAUCUAUCUAUCUAUCUAUCUAUCUAUCUAUCUAUCUAUCUAUCUAUCUAUCUAUAUUUGCUCAUAAUUAUUUAUGUAUCUGUUUAUAAUUAUAUACAAUAUUCAUAUCUAUCUAUCUAUCUAUCUAUCUAUCUAUCUAUCUAUCUAUCUAUCUAUGUCUGUUUUUCAUGUCUAUCUAUUGCUGUUUGUAAUGUCCUGAGUCUCUAUCUAUCCAUUGAUCUAUAUAUCUAUGCAAUUUCCUUUAUAUCUUUGAAUACAGCCCCAGCAUCUAUCUAUCUAUCUAUCUAUCUAUCUAUCUAUCUAUCUAUCUAUCUAUCUAUUCGUCUAUCUGUCUGUCUGUCUAGUGGUGAAGGAGAUAUUAUCUAUCUAUCUAUCUAUCUAUCUAUCUAUCUAUCUAUCUAUCUAUCUAUCUAUCUAUCUAUCUAUCUAUGCCAUUCAGUUUCUAUCUAUCUAUCUAUCUAUGGGAUUUACUAA